AUGCGGAUACCAUUACCGGGUAACGCACACCAAAGAGAGGACCCGUCGGAGCCCGUAGCAAGGGAAAGUCCAAAGGCCGCCGCGGAUAACGGAACCAGGAACCAGGGACAUAGGAAACCGAGGUUUCGUCAGCGCGCGAGCGCCACAAGACGGGCCUAUUUAAAUCAGGUCGCCAAGAUGUACAGAAGCAGCAGCAGCAACAGUAAGUCCGUGAGGGGAGAGGGGCGGAGGGGCAGCUCCGGGCAACAGCCAGCGGCGAGAUGGAGGCGGGACUCAGGUUCCGCACUCCAGCUGCUGGCGUCCCCCCUGGUGUCGCGGUCCCCGUCGCCGAACCCCGAAUCGGAGGACGAGGAGCGGAUCACCGACAUAGAGCUGGAGGAGGAGGCCGGCGUCAGGUCGGCAGGGCAGGAGGCCGAGGUGCCCACGAUCGACCUGGCCUCAUCGGAAGAAGAGGAGGAGGACACCGGGACGGAGACGGUGAGUCCGGAGGUCUCCUCAAACGAGGAGGACGAGCCACGUCGGGCGGCGAAGGCCCGGAUGGCAUUCCGGAGAAUACGGAGGGCCGCCGCCGGAUUCGGGCGGAUCCGCUUGGGCGACGCAGCGCCAUCGGGCCGCCCGGAGGAGGCGAAGCGGAUAUUCGCAACCCGGGCGGAGGUGGUGCGGCGAUUAUUCGCGCAGCCGGAGGUGGCAAAAGCCACUGAGGCUGAGGCCGAGGAGGCGGCGAUCUGGGCACGGCCAGGCCCUCCGGAGCAGCCGCCGCCGCAAGCACCGCCACCGCCGUCGCCACCGCAGCCGCCACCACCGCCGUCGCCGCCGCGGGGAGCACCACCGCCAUCAGCAUCGCCACCGCCACCGCCGUCGCCGCCCCGGGCAGCAAUACCGCCACCGCCACCACUGCCGCCGCCCCGGGCAGCAACACCGACACCGCCACCGCCAACACCGUCGCCGCGCCGGCCUGCAACACCGCCACCGCCACCACCGGGGAAUUCGAGUAGUCUAAACAUCAAAAGCGGGGAAAUCUCACAAGAGCACGCGAACAACGGAGCCAGGAUUCGCGAGGACAUCGAGGACACAAGAAACGACGAGCAGUCAUCGCAGGCCCAGCAGGCGAGGGCGAAAGCCCCCGAGGCCAAAGACAGCGCAGGCGUUCCGGAGCAGCGAGCAACGAGGCAGCGGAGAGCGACGGUGGAUCAGCCACAAUUCUUCAAGGAAGGCGUUGAGACACGCAUCUGUCACCAUUGGUCCCAGGUCGAGGGACAAGUCGGCGAAUAA